AAAAAAACAAACAUGAAAAUUCAACGAAAAAACAGUGCGGUGUGGUUGGUGCUUAGUGAAGAGUAGUAGCUCAGUUUUUGGUUAGCUGUUGGGACGUCAUUAUAUUUGGUACUACUAAACAGUAUUUUAUUAUUUUUGCCAGUUGCUAGUGCUUCUUCAGUACUCAAAGACUCUUUAGUAUUGUAUAUCUAGAGAAAGAAAUACACAGAGAAGAGUGAAGAAGAAAUCUUGAUUUUUCUGAUCAAUUUUAGUACCAAUGGCUUCGAAGUUGUUAAUGAUAACUAUUUUCGUAUUGGAUCUAAUUGCUUUUGGUUUAGCUGUUGCUGCUGAGCGAAGAAGAAGCACUGCGAAAAUAAGAGUAGAUAGUGAACAGAGCUAUAGCUACUGCGUCUAUGACUCCGACAUAUCAACCGGCUUUGGUGUUGGUGCCUUCUUGUUUCUCAUGGUUAGUCAAAUAAUUGUAAUGGUGGCGAGCCGUUGCUUCUGUUGUGGGAAGGCUUUGAGCCCUGGAGGUUCAAGGGCUUGUGCCGUUCUCUUAUUUAUCAUAUGCUGGGUUACAUUUUUAAUAGCUGAGGCCUGCUUGUUGGCCGGUUCGGUUAGAAAUGCUUAUCACACCAAGUAUCGAUCAUCAUUCUUGAUUAGCGAUAAGCCUCUAUCGUGUGAGACUUUGAGAAAGGGAGUUUUUGCAGCUGGAGCAGCUUUCAUUUUCUUCACCAGCAUAAUCUCCCAGUUCUACUAUGUGUCCUACUCCAAGUCCCGGGGCCCAGUGCCAUAUGGUGGCGAAUCCGGUGUCGGCAUGGCCUCCUACAAAUGAGGGUGAUCAAGGUUGUUACGACGUUUAUCUUGUUAAAAUAGCUGUGAUUUUAAAGUUUAUGUAUAAUACAACUUUCUAUUGCUUAGUUGCAUUUGAUUUAUUGCUGUAGGAGUCUUAUUGGAGAAAGCUUGUUGUAGGGUUCCAAAUGUCUUGAUUCCUUCCUGCUGCAUAAAUUUUUGUACUAUGUUACACAAUGUGAACUUUUGUCUGCCAAUAUCUGUUAGUUUGGAGAUUAAGAACGGGGACUAUUCUUUUUUC